CUUCGUUGCCAUGGUUCGGUUCUUCUCUCUGAAAUGGCGAAUUAGCUAAAGGAGAGUCCCAUUUGCUCAUUCUCCCAUGAAGCUCCAUCCUCGUCCCUCUUCAGGACUCUUCUCUCUCCAAUCCCUCCUCAAAAGCGGCUUCUCCCCAACCCUAACCUCCAUCGAAACCUUCCUCCGAUACCUCCACCGUCGCCACAAGCUCACCACCAUCCUCCUCCUCUACUCUCAGCUAGCCUCCAACAAACUCCCAAUCAACCCCACCAUCCACUCCCUCGUCUCCUCAUCACUCCUCAACCUCAACCGAUACGAAGACGCCGCGAACUUCAUCACCACCCAGAUCUCAAAAUCCUCCCUUUUCCCCAGAACCCGCACGCUAGACUCCCUGAUCCGCGGAUUCACCGAUCCCGACAAGGCCCUCUCGAUCCUCAGCGAUUGCUUGCGUAACCGUAACCGCCACGGCGCGUUUCCUUCCCCCUCGGCGCUCUCCUCGCUGAUCCACCGCUUCGUCGCGAGAGGAGAGAUGGAGAAAGCCCUCGAGGUUUUGGAGAUGAUGAUGACGACGACGAGCGAGGAUGUGAACUUCGUCUCCAGCGCUGUGGUUUCCCGGUUUUGUAGGAUCGGUAAACCGGAGCUCGCGUUAGGGUUCUUCGAGACUGCUGUCAAGUCAGAAGCUUUGUCGCCGAGCGUUGUGACUUAUACUACGAUCGUCACCGCUCUUUGUCAGUUAGGUAGAGUUGAUGAAGUUAGGGGUUUAGUUAGGAGACUCGAGGAGGAAGAAGAAGAAGACGGGUUUGAGUUUGAUUGUGUUUUCUAUAGUAACUGGAUUCAUGGGUACCUUAAAGGAGGCGCAUUGAUGGAUGCGUUAAUCCAAGAUAGGGAGAUGGUGGAGAAGGGGAUAAACCGAGAUGUGGUUAGCUAUUCUAUACUGAUAGAUUGGUUUUCCAAGGAAGGAAGGUUCGAGAAGGCGUUUGGGUUGUUAGGGAAGAUGAUGAAAGAAGGGAUAGAACCGAGUUUGAUCACUUUCACUGCUAUUAUGAGAGGACUAUGCAAAAGGGGUAGACUUGAAGAGGCGUUUAGGUUGUUUGAUAGAGUUUUGAGCAUGGGAAUGGAUGUGGAUGAGUUUGUGUAUGUGACUUUGAUCGAUGGAGUUUGUAGGAAAGGAGAUUUGAACCGAGCUUUCGCUUUGUUGGGAGAUAUGGAGGAGAGAGGGGUUAAACCGAGCGUUCUUGCUUAUAACGCCGUGAUUAAUGGACUGUGCAGGGCGGGGAGAGUAUCCGAAGCAGACGAGAUUUCGAAAGGGGUUUUGGGAGAUGUUGUAACGUAUAGUACUUUGUUAGAUAGUUAUAUCAAGGAAGAGAAUGUUGAUGCUGUGUUAGAGGUUAGGCGUAGAUUUGUAGAAGCUGGAAUCCCUAUGGACUUGGUUAUGUGCAACAUUCUCCUGAAAGCAUUUCUAUUGAUCGGUGCGUAUGGAGAAGCUCACGUGCUUUACGGGGCAAUGCCAGAGAUGGAGCUGACUCCUGAUGCAGUCACGUAUACGACGAUGAUUGAAGGCUGCUGCAGAGCGGGGCAGAUCGAAGAGGCACUUGAGGUGUUUGAUGAGUUGAGGAAAAGCUCGGUUUCCUCCUCAGCUGUGUGUUAUAAUCGCAUCAUCUGCGCACUCUGCAAGAAAGAGAUGUUUGAAACAGCCACGGAAGUUCUUAUGGAGAUGUUUGAUAAAGGUCUGUAUCUAGACAUCAAUACAUCUCAUACCUUGUUACAUUCAGUUCAUGCUAGCGGAGGCGAGAAAGGAAUACUCUGUUUGGUUUCUAGACUCGAGCAGUUGAAUUCGAGCAUGAUUUUCAAUGAUGCUAUAUUGCUUUUAUGCAAGAGCGGUUCUUUCGACGCUGCGAUUGAAGUUUAUAUGGUUGUGAGAAGAAAGGGUUUAUCCGUUACAUGUCUUUCCACAUUUCUAAAAGCUCUGGUGGACAAUCACAGAGCAUUGGAUGCUUAUUCACUUGUUGAAAAUACUCUGCUUUCCAUGGAUGUUAUCGAUUACACAAUCAUCGUCAAUGGUCUCUGCAAGGAAGGGUUUAUGACAAAGGCAUUAUAUUUGUGCACUGUUGCUAAACAGAGAGGCAUCACUCUUAACAUCAUCACAUACAACUCACUCAUUAACGGACUUUGCCAGCAAGGUUGUCUUGUAGAAGCUCUUCGUCUAUUUGAUUCUCUAGAGAAAAUCGGUUUAGUCCCGUCUCAUGUCAGUUACGGAAUCUUGAUUGACAGUUUAUGCAAAGAGGGGUUGUUUCUUGACGCUGAGAAAUUUUUAGACACGAUGGUGUGUAAGGGACUUGUACCAAACAUUCUCAUUUACAAUUCCAUGAUUGACGGGUAUUGCAAGCUAGGGAGAACAGAGGACGCCGUGAACGUUUUAACUCGUAAAAUGAUGGGAAGGGUAACGCCAGAUGCGUUCACUGUCAGUUCUUUGAUCAAAGGUUACAGUAAAAGAGGUGACAUGGAAGAAGCUCUCAGAGUGUUUGCUGAGUUCAAGGGUAAAAACAUCUCAGCCGAUUUCUUGGGGUUUCUGUAUCUGAUCAAAGGCUUAUGCACGAAAGGGAGAAUGGAAGAAGCGAGAAGCGUCCUGAGAGAAAUGCUUGUUUCAGAACCUGUUAUUGGGCUGAUUAACAGAGUUGAUGCAGAACUAGUUGAAUCCGAAUCAGUCAGAGGCUUCCUCGUGGAGCUGUGUGAGCAAGGAAGGGUCUCUCAGGCUGUUAAGAUCCUAGAUGAGAUAAGCUCCACGUUCUAUCUGUCUGGUAAAAAAAACUCGGGCUCUUAUCAAAGGUUGAAGUUAUUGAAUGGUGUUGGUGAAAAAGAGGUGGAGAAAGAAGGCUUUGUUAAUGAUUUUCACAGCCUUCACUCAACCGUUAGCUCACUCUGCUCCACUGGGGAGCUGAAGCAAGCUAAUGAGUUUGUUAUGUCUGUGCUCUCAUGUAUGCCUAAAUAGGUCAGUGUGUUUUCGUGACUGCUAAAACCACCAAAAGCCAAAGCUAACUCAUCUGAGAUAAACUGGACCUCUAGAGAGAAUUAUAUAUAUGAAUCAGAGAGGUACAACAAUAGGAGCUUGGGGAACUCUAGGCUGUAAUGGAACACAGUCCCAGUCUUUACCAGCUCGAACCACAGAGAAAUGCUUUGGAAUCCAUGAUUGUCCAGAAGCCUCUCUUUGCCUCCGAGACUCUCUCUGUUUCUCCUCCACAUCUCUCUUGCCUUCUCUUGCUUUCUCCCACUCUUGCUUCAUGAUUCCUUCGCUGACCUCGCUCCACACCAUCGCCGACUCGCUCGCGCUCACCUCCUGCAGGUUCUUGACGAUGGGCGUUUUGAGCUCUGCAAUGUUUUCACUCGCGUUGUAUAUAACCUCGACCUCUCCAGUCUUCAGAUUUUUUGCAGUAACGGUUCUGAAAACAUUUUAUGUACACACUAAGUUAUGUUUUGUAACUUGUAAUAAGAUUUGAAAGAUGGGUUCUGUUUGUUUGUUA